AUGGUGUUUCUCUCUCAAGCAGACGUGGCGGACAUCAACACACUCUCGCGCUAUCUCUCCCACUUGCAGGUCUCGUCGCUCUACACUUGUUCUAGUGUUGAUGUUGUUGUCUUCUGUGGCAACGCCAUCCUGCCCAUUGCCCACAAUGUCUUCUCAGCUCUGGAGGCGCGCCCAGACCUCACAAAAACCCUGGUCAUUUGCGGCGGAAUUGGACAUUCGACCCGAUUUCUCUACGAAGCCAUCAAGGAUCAUAGCGAAUACUGUCACCUGGCAGACAAUAUCGACGGGCUCUCAGAGGCUGCCGUCUAUGAGCUGAUUCUCACUGAAUUCUAUCCCAACCUUGUCAAACGAAUCAAGUCGGGCCAGAUGAAAUGCAUUAUUGAAGCCAACUCUACGAAUUGCGGAGCCAAUGCCAUCGAGACACGCCGCGUUCUCGAGCUGCAUUCUGUUCCUCUACCCAUGUCUUGUGUCGUGGUGCAGGAUCCUACAAUGUCACUGCGCACACUGGCUGCUUUUCAGCGCACUUACCAAGAUGUGGAGCCUACACUUGAGUUUCUGGCCUGUCCCACCUUCGUACCUAUGGUCUCUCUUGAUGAAAAAGGAAAGCUGCGCAUUAGGGCAGACGACAGUCUCUCGACAGCAGAUAUCGACUCGUCCGGUCUUUGGGAGAGCCAUCGUUUCUUCGACCUAUUGAUGGGGGAAAUCCCCCGGUUACGGGACGACACCGAUGGAUAUGGGCCAAAGGGAAAGGGUUUCAUUGUUCACGUCGACGUUCCGGAAGAGGUGGAAGCUGCCUGGUCGCGGCUCCGAAAAGUUCUGCACUUCAAGCGGUGA